AUGACAGUAAUCACCAUUGCCAAGAGAGGCCUUCCAAAAUUAACCACUUCCACUUCUUCGACAACAACUGCCAGUUCAAGUAGUACGAUAACAUCUGUUGCUUCUUCUUCAUCUUCUUUACCACUUUUGUCCAACUCUACAUCCUCUUCUAUUAUACCAAGUAUUACUCCUCCCUCUAGAAAUGGUAAUCCUUAUAUUUUGGAUUCCGGGGAUAUGCCUAAUGGAACAGUUUUCAUUGUAGUGGGGGGAAUCGCGGGAGUGAUUUUUUUGGCAAUAUUGCUAUGGUGGGUAAUAACAACUUAUUCUUCGCAUAGGUUGACCAGAAGUGUUCAGGACUACGAAUCAAAGAUGUUUUCCACACAACAUACCCAGUUUUACGGCGAUUCCCCAUAUAUGGAUUAUCCCGCCAAAGAAAAUUUCCAAGAUCAGGUCCAUAUCAGCGAGUCCGAUAUUAGUCCCGGAAAUAAGGAUGAAUCGGUGAAAGAUGCACUUGUAUCUCAUACUAAUAAUGAAAAACCAUUCUUAAGUAAUUUCGAAAGGCCGCUAUUCUCUCUUGCAUCCGAAUCCAACAGAAAUUCACUUUUCAUUUCACCAACAGGUGAUAUCUUAUACAAAACAAGGCUAUCUAAACUUUACCAAGAAAGCCCUAGAUUAUUACAGAAACCUGUGAUUAUGACAAGUGAUAAUGUAUCUACAAAUUCUCUGGUGUCUACAAUCUCUUCAUCAUCCGCAUCGUCGCUCGAUAACGGUAAUGAAAAGGAGGUGGGUGAAGACAUAAGGAAACCCGCAAAAAUUGCAUCUUCACCAAGUCGAAAGCUGCUUAAUUCACCAGAAAGUGAUGGUAGCGUAAAUCGUAACCAUAGUAAGGGUAAUUUGUUGGUCGUACAGUCCAAAAGAAAACCUACACCUUCGACUUAUCUCGAGCACAUGCUGGAGGGGAAAGAACAGGAUGAGUAA